GUAAAGGUGUAAAAAGCACACAUACCGGGUCCUGGAUUACUCAUCACAUGUGAACGUCCCUGCUCUCAAAUAUAAUCACAACUUCAUGCAGAAGAGCUCAAGAAGAAGAAGAAUAAACUCAUUUCUCUUACACACGAGUGCAGUGGUUAACAUGGAAUGGACAAGCUAACAACAACCAAGAUUGUUAAAGUUGAGGGGGGAUCUGGAGGAUCUGGAAAAGAAAUCCAGAAACAUACAGAAACUGUAACGACUACAAGACUGACGUCUCUACCACCAAAAGCCCACAGCGGCCAGCAGAUACUGACCUCCAUCGGGAACAGCUCAGGCUCUGCAGGAGGAGCUGUUCUGCUGGAGAAGAAGAUCAUCACACACAGCAGCGCUGAAGGAGGAGCUUCCAGGAGUUAUGUCAUAUCCUCCUCCUCAUCUGGAAGUUCAGCCAGCAGUAGUUCAGGAGCAGGAUCUGUGAUCAGUGGAUUUGACGGCAUAUCUGGCGAAAUCAGUGUAACCGGACCGAUCACUAGCUCUACGGUUAAAAGCUCUACAUCUGCCAUUAAAAGCUCUAGUGUGGUCUCUACCUCCAUCACAUCCUCCUCAGCCACAGGCGGAGAGCUUUCCUCUGGAUACGGCUCCAUCUCCUCAUCCUCCUCCGAGUUCGUGUCUGGUUCCUCAGGAGGAUCCGUCAGUGUUUCUGAAGGCAGCAUGAACAUAUCCAGAGGCGGCGGUGGAUCCUCUGCCAUCAUGUCUGGCGGAGGAAUGUCUAGCUCCAUGACUGUGUCCAAAUUCAGCUCCUCGUCCCCUAGUGGAACAAGGAAAGGUUUGAGUUACAGCACAGUUCCUACUGAGAAGAAGACCAUUAUGAACAUUCACACAGGAGGAUAUGAGGGGAGCUCCAGCGGCAAUUCCUCACCUGAGUACAUAAAGAAAGAAUACGUCUCCACCAGCAGUGCUGCCACCAGAGGGCGCACUCAGACACGAGAGAGUGAGAUCAGAGCCAGACUCCAGAGCGCCUCGCCCUCCGCUAGAUGGACAGAGUUGGAUGAUGUGAAGAGAUUACUGAAGGGAAGUCGCUCUGGGAGCAUCAGUCCACCUCGUUCUCCCACCAACACUCUCCCUAUCCCCAAAAAAGCCAGCAUUGACUUACGCCACGAGAGCCAGUCAGGCUUUGAUGGCACAGUUCUGGAUGGUGGAUUUAGCGGAUAUUACACCAAUCCCAAUAAUCUCAGUUACACUACUCUGCAACAGCCAUCAUCACCCACAGGUGGCAUGCAGAACAAUCUGGCCCUCAGCUCAUCUGCCCUUGGUAGUACAGUGUAUGGGAUGCAGAAUAACCUGUCCACAUCUGGCGGUGCUCUGAUGGCUAAUGGAAUAGGCGCUGGCCAUGUGUAUGGGGCUCCUAAAAAUGUUGGCAGCGCUGGAUCGGCCACUACUAUUACUGCUAUUCCGAGCAGUCCUAUCACCGCUGAUGACGUGUUUGUGAAAGAUGGCAAGUUUAUUGCGAUCGGGAAAGAAAACGUAGCAGCUAAGAAAGAGGCAGAGAGGCUGAUCAUGUCCAAAAACACUGGCAAACAGUUCGUCACUUCAUCCUCCAGUGCUGGAGCAGACACGUUUUCUGAAGAUUCACUUAAGAGGGAGAAAAAGAUGAUCUCCAGCACCCCAGAAACCACCAUGACCGCUUCCAAAGCCUCAACAAAAGACAAAGCAACAUAUGCAGAGAUCCGUAAAGAUGAUUCUGACGGUGCUGGAUUGGGAUUCUGUACAUGCUGCUCGUGGUGGAAGUGGCUUCUGGCUCUGUUAUUAACUCUUCUCCUUCUGCUGGGACUCCUUUGUGGACUGAUUGCUCUAGGUGAGGAGGUGAAGAAGCUGAAGGCUCGUGUGAAAGCAAUCGAUGGAGGAGAAAGCCCCCCCUCUGCUCAAACUAGUGGUUUGUCAUCACCUGUCAACAUCGUGGAUCCACUGCAAUCAUCAUUCGCUAACCGCAAUCCUGAUGUCAGUUCUGAUAACACUAUAAACCUGGGUUCAGCAUCUGCUGGACAAGAUCAAGUGGUCCUGCAGAGAACCAUCCAGCAAAUCCUCAGAUCUGAGCUACAGUCGGACACCAUUAGAGCGUCACUGGCAACUUCACUUAGGGGUGAAAGAGGAGAACCUGGGCCUAAAGGAGACCAAGGACCUCCUGGAGUUAAAGGUGAUUCAGGAUUUCCCGGGAUUCCAGGUCCUCCUGGUCUCAUUGGUCAUCCUGGACAGGAAGGUCCUCGAGGACCCAAAGGAAGUGCAGGCGAAUCAGGAACUGAUGGUUUACCUGGACCGAGGGGUCGUGAAGGGCCAGCAGGUCCCAGAGGGGAACCAGGACCCUCAGGAAUUGGAGAAAAAGGAGAGAAAGGCUCAUCUGGUGAUGUUGGCACUCCUGGGAUAGCAGGACCCCCAGGUCCCGUAGGACCCAAAGGUGAUGCAGGUGCACAAGGAGUACCAGGACUUACAGGAGCACCUGGACCUCAAGGCUUCCGCGGAGAUUCUGGUGAUCCUGGACCCAAGGGUGAUAAAGGACCUGCUGGGCCACCUGGGGUCAAAGGUGAUCAGGGUGAGAGAGGACCACGUGGUGCCACUGGUGAGCCAGGUCAGGUUGGACCAGCAGGGCCUCCUGGUGAGAAAGGUCUUAAAGGAUCAGCAGGUGUACCUGGACCAGAUGGUGUUAAAGGAAUUCGAGGUGACCAAGGUCCUGUUGGGUUGCCUGGUGCUCGAGGACCAUCAGGACCUCCUGGAGAUUCAGGAAUACCAGGAACACCAGGACUCCAAGGACCACCAGGACUGCCAGGUACUCCAGGUCAACCAGGAGCUAAAGGAGAGGCCGGUGAGCCUGGAAGAGUCAUUUCUGCAGGCGCUAAUGCUAACACAGUGGCUGUAUCUGGACCACCAGGACCUCCUGGAGCACCAGGUCCUGCUGGACCGCCUGGACUAUCAGGUCCUAUUGGUCCUGCUGGUCUUCCUGGUUCACCUGGUCCAAAGGGAGAUAAAGGAGAUGAUGGGAAGCCUGGAGUCUCUGAGAGCGCAGGCAAGAAAUCAGAAGCAGGUGAACCCGGUCCUCCAGGACCACCAGGACCUCCAGGACCACCCGGAGAUGAUGGAAAACCAGGUGUUGGAGAACCUGGUCCAGCUGGUCCUCCUGGUGAAAAAGGUGAACCUGGAAGCUUUGUACCAACUUCAGAAACCUUCUUUGCUGGACCACCUGGGCCUCCUGGACCUAUCGGACCAAAGGGAUCACAAGGUGACGUGGGUCCCCAAGGUUUCCCUGGUCAACCUGGAUUACCUGGAGAACCUGGAAUUGGCAUUCCAGGACAGCCGGGAUCACCAGGACCACGUGGAGAACAAGGUCUUGAUGGUCCACUAGGACCACAGGGACCUCAAGGGCCAAUGGGUCCCAUGGGCCCAGAAGGUCCAAAAGGUGACGCUGGAGUCCCAGGGGCCCCUGGUAUUCCAGGUUAUUCUUACGGUGGAGGAUCUAGAAGUGCUCCGGGACCACCAGGUCCACCUGGACCCCCAGGGCCUCCUGGAGCACCAGGUUCUCAAGGUGACGGCUCACCAGAUGCUGUUCAACAGAUAUCAGACUACCUCAGAAGUGAGCCCAUUAGACAAUACUUAGCUGGACCUCCAGGUCCACCUGGACCACCAGGUCCCUCUGGAUCAGCCUCUGAUGAUGCUCUGGCUAGCAGAGUCAUUGAUUAUCUUCAACGAGAUGAGGUGAGACAGUACCUGAUUGGUCCUCCAGGACCCCCGGGACCCCCAGGUGUGCCAGGUGGAUAUGGCUUUAACACUCAGGAAGUGGCAGGACGAGUGAUGAGCCUUAUAAAUGAUGCUGGUUUUAGAGGUCUACCAGGACCUCCCGGCCCACCAGGACCUCAAGGACCUCCUGGAAACUCCGGAGGACUGGUAUCUUACGCUGCUAACGAAAACCAGCAGCACAUUCGCGCAGAACCGCAGGAGUACAUCAAGAGGCAUCCAAGCACUGGCGAGAAUUUGGAUUACGCAGCCGUCGCUAAACAGGUUUCAGAUUACAUUAGGACUCAUAGCCUGUUAGAUGGGCAUGUUGGCAUUCCAGGUUCACCAGGUCGUGAUGGAUUUCCAGGACUGCCAGGAAGUAAAGGAGAGCCUGGACCACCAGGAGAGCCUGGAUCACCAGGAAUCAACUCUGCACACCCUUACUCCAACCUGACUGCUGUCUUAGACUACAUCAAAGAAAAUCAUAUGACUGGACCAAAAGGCGACCCGGGAAGUCCAGGAUUUCCAGGACCGAAAGGAUCCUCGGGUAUAAAUGGUUCACCAGGCCUAUCAGGUUUUCCAGGCAAGCCAGGUCUUAAAGGACAAAAAGGAGAACCGGGUGAGGUUUCUUACGUCAGCGGAAGGAGGAGAAGGAGAAGCACAGUAAUUUAGACACACAGCAGUGUGUUUAGCUGGUUUGCAUUAAUACGCCAUAUCUUAAGACGUGAUGGGAUAUGAUUCCAGCAACAAGGUGUUUGUUUAUCCACACCAGAUGCAAAAACACAUGACAAAAUCAAACACACCAGCCAAUCAGAAGAGAGUGUGGGCGGAGCUCUUUCUGCACUUCUAUUUCUUUAUUGUUUAGGAUUUCAGGUCAAUUUUUGAUUUUAUUCUGGCAAAUUUAAGCCAUCUAAAUUAUACUAAAAGACCCACGUUCACUGUCGCAAGGGUAGUGAUUUUCUCGCACAAUUAGGCUCCUUUAUAGAUGCACUUUUUGGAAAAAAAAUUCAAGUUGCGGGUUGUUGUUUUUUUGGGCUAAUUUCAUAACUCGUGAAAACGAAAAUCAUUUCCUUAUGGACAUUCCCUUCGUGGGAAUCCAGAGAUUGCCUGUGAUUGGACAAGAAAACUAAAUUUGGGCUACAUUUCAUUCCUUUUGGGCGGGUUUUGAGUUGAAAUUGGGCUGGAAUUCUUUCUUGGGCCCACAUUACGCUCUUUAAAUCUAUAAUGAAGCACAUAAUCAGUACCUGAGGAUAUCAUUGGCUCAGUUCAGCACAGUGAGGCGUUUAUGCUCUGAUGUCACACAGCAGAAUUAUAGUAAAAUGUCUUGUUGCUCAUCAUAUAAUGCUGGGGAAAACUAGUGUAUUGUGUUGGUUUAGGAUAUGGUGUAAUGCUUUAAAAGUAAUGUAUAUAUUUUAGUUCAUUCUCAUUUCUAUUUUUUUUUAUUGUUUCUUAAUUUUUGGAUGUUAAAUCAAUUGUUUUACAUUGAAUUACCAACAAUUCCAUGAUCAUAAAUUCACCAUAAUUAUCUCUGCAAAUCUAUAUGUUUCCUGAUCAUUAAAAUGUGAGUUUUCUAGCAUCUAGCAUGACUGCAAAAAAGGAUUUAAAUUGAGCUUUUUGUCAUCUGCUUUGUUAAAAAUGCUUUCAUUAUUACAGACUCUCAGCAGCAUCAGAAGUGACUUGACUUUUAAGUUCAUAAUAAAGGUUUUUUUUU